UUUCAAAUCCCUAACCGCUUUUCCCUCCUCAAACCGCCCAUGGCGGCCUACCAAUUCGCCGGAGACUUCGCCGCGCCGCCAUCCAAGCACCGCAAUAAAGGCGGGGACCGCCUCUGCUCCUGCGGAAUAUUCCGAUGCUGCUUCGGUUGCUGCUGGAGAAUCUUCCGGUGCGGCCUCGGCUGCCUGUGCAACCUCGUCUGCCAAAUCAUCUGCGCCGUCCUCGUCAUCGCCGCCAUCGCGAUGCUCAUCGUCUGGCUCCUUUUCCGGCCGAGCAAUCUCGAAUUCCGCGCCGGAGAAGCUUCUCUGACGGAGUUCAGCCUCGCCGGUAACACGGUGAGGUACAAUUUGGCUCUCAAUGUGUCGGCGAGGAAUCCGAACUCUCGCCUCGAGAUUAUCUACGAGGAUAUCGAGGCGGUAGGGUAUUACCACGGCCAGGAAUUCGCCAGCGAUAGAUUGCCGGCGUUUUCGCAGGAGAAGGAGACCACGCGCACGAUCACGGCGGAGUUUGAAGGACAGAAAGACGUGAGCCUCGGCGACGAAGCGCGUGCGAAUUACGAGGAAGAGAAAAGUUCUGGCGAGUUCCCGAUCGACGUCAAGGUUCAAUUGAAGAUCAAAUUGAAGGUGUGGUUGUUGACGUCGCCGUUCUCGCUCAAGCCUUCCUUCGAUUGCGACCUAAACGUUCCUCUGAAUUCGAGCGGGAAAUCGUACCAAGGUACGGAUUGCACUUUCGAUUGGCGCAAUAUUGAUCUCCAUUGA